UGAAUUGGAACUGUCCGUGCAACCUAGGCCUGGACGCACCCCCCGCCAGGCGCUACCCUCCACUCCUCGCCCGGACAACUCCCAGACGAGCCAUCCAGGAUUAUGGAGUUUCUGAGCGAGAAGUUUGCUCUUAAGAGUCCGCCAAGUAAAACCAGUGACUUUUACAUGGGCGCAGGAGGCGCGUUGGAGCACGUUAUGGAGACGCUGGACAAUGAGUCCUUUUACGGCAAAGCGUCGGCCGGCAAAUGCGUGCAGGCCUUCGGGCCCCUGCCGCGAGCGGAGCAUCACGUGCGGCUGGAGAGGACCUCGCCCUGUCAGGACAACAGUGUGAACUAUGGGAUCACCAAAGUAGAGGGACAGCCUCUUCACACGGAACUGAAUAGAGCCAUGGACAACUGCAACAGUCUCCGGAUGUCUCCCGUGAAAGGGAUGCCAGAGAAAGGAGAACUGGAUGAACUUGGGGAUAAAUGUGACAGCAAUGUAUCCAGCAGUAAGAAGAGAAGACACCGAACAACCUUCACCAGCCUGCAGCUGGAAGAGCUGGAGAAGGUCUUUCAGAAAACCCACUACCCGGAUGUGUAUGUCAGGGAACAACUGGCACUGCGCACGGAACUCACUGAGGCCAGGGUGCAGGUUUGGUUUCAAAAUCGAAGGGCCAAGUGGAGGAAAAGGGAACGUUACGGUCAAAUACAGCAAGCUAAAAGCCACUUUGCUGCCACCUAUGAUAUCUCAGUUUUACCAAGAACUGACAGCUACCCACAGAUUCAGAACAACUUGUGGGCAGGAAAUGCAAGUGGUGGUUCUGUGGUUACGUCAUGUAUGUUACCACGUGACACUUCCUCCUGCAUGACGCCUUACUCUCACUCUCCUCGGACAGAUUCCAGUUACACAGGGUUUUCAAACCACCAGAAUCAGUUCAGCCACAUGCCCCUCAACAAUUUCUUCACUGACUCUCUUCUUACUGGGGCUACCAAUGGACAUGCGUUUGAAACAAAGCCAGAGUUUGAAAGGAGGUCUUCUAGUAUCGCAGUUCUUCGAAUGAAAGCCAAAGAGCAUACUGCCAAUAUUUCAUGGGCCAUGUAACAUACAGUACUCUUUUAUUUUAUUUUUUUCCAUAGCAAAGUAAAUCGUUCUUAUUUCUCAUAUUUAAAGGAUACCACAAUAAGCUGCUGUGUGUGGAUUUGCUAAAGGUCAGGAUAUACAGUGAGACCCGCUUAUAUGAAUAGUUGUUAUUAUUUAACGUUAAAAUCUAAGAGUGAACCUCUAAAGAGACUAAAUAGGUUUACCAUGCACCGGGUUCCAGAAACUCUGUUUUAGUAGUAUGACUUUUUCCUCCCCUAUUGUACAAGUCAAAUGAAAUAUGGUCUUGCAACUUCUUAAAAGAAUAAAUGUAUUAAACAAAUUCCUCUGUUCUAGAUUGAUUUAUGUUAGUUCUGUAUAACAAGAAAUCCCUUGUAAAAUGAUACCUGAUAAAGGAGGAAAUACACUGGGGAAAAUGUCAAGAUACCAAAGCUGUCAGGUAAAUAUUGAGCUAGAGUGUUUUGUGGAGUUAACUGCCAUUUCUCCUUUUGGCUCCCAGAAGCAAUGAUCAUAUUCCCUGUUGCUGAGAAUUUAUCUUCAAGCCUCAAAACAAUGUUUUUUUUUUUUAAACUUUUAGAUGUUUUAGUGAAUUUCUACUCAGUGAAAGAAGAUCUUUUCUGAAAUGACCAGCAGCAUUUCAUGAAAUAUCUAGGCACAGUUUCCUGAAACCAUGUGGCUGAAGGCGAUAACUGAAAUAUUCCGGUGUGGUUGAAAAUGUAGUCAUGAGGACAGUUUUAAUAAAUGCUGUGUUUUAAUGAAAAAGCAAAGAUGGACCUCAAUGACUUAGUUAAC